AUAAAGGGAUAUUUAUUAUCCAAAGUGAAGACUCCAACCUGUGCGUUAAAGUGGACGCAGUUGGCCUUGUUCUGGAAGACUGUGGUCAACUCUCAAAAGACAUGUUAUGGAAAUGGGUAUCCAAUCGCCGUCUUUUCAACAUAGGCAGAAGUACCUGUCUAGGACUCAACAUCAGUAGACCAGAACAGCCGUUAAGUAUGCUUGAAUGUGAUUCAACUCAAUACUCGUUAUGGUGGAAUUGUGAUGGAAAAGCAUUAGUUGGUGUAUCAGAGUACAAAUUAGCCGUUGAAAACAGCAAACGUAUCGUGGCCAAAAAAAAAUCUACUUAUCAGUGGAAACAGUACAUGUCCUAUGAUGAAGACCUUUGUGAACACCCAUUUCAAGAAACAUACACCUUGCUGGGAAAUUCUUUUGGUUUCCCAUGCAUUUUUCCAUUUAAAUAUAACAACAAGUGGUAUUAUGAGUGUACCAGAGAUGGAAAGGAAUUUGACUGGUGUGCCACAACAACUCACUAUGAACAAGACGAAAAAUGGGGGUUUUGCCCAAAUGCUGAGAGCAGCUGCGAUGUAUUUUGGAAGAAGAACCCCGACACACACCUUUGCUACCAGUUCAACCUUGCAUCUGUGCUGACCUGGCGUGAGGCACGGGCCGCCUGUCAGCUGCAGGGAGGAGACCUGCUGAGUGUCACCGACCCCGAAGAGCAGAACUAUAUACGGAACUUAAGCAGGCAGUUAAACGCCACAGACAUGAUGCUGUGGAUGGGCCUGAAUCGUCUGGACGAAGAUGCUGGCUGGCAGUGGUCAGAUGGAGCACCACUAGUGUUUGUGAACUGGAGAGCAAAUGUCUCUGAUAACCGUUUUAGAGAAAAUCAUUGUGCAGUGAUUAAUUCAAAAUUGAAGUACGGCUGGCAAAGUUAUUUAUGUGAAUCUGGAUUGCCUUUCAUAUGCAAAAAAUAUUUAAAUAAGACAGAGCAUGAAACAUUGGAUACAUGGAAGUAUUAUGCCACUCGUUGUGACACUGGCUGGUACCCACACAAUCGCAACUGCUACAGACUUCAUAAAGAGGAGAAGAGCUGGAACGAUGCUUUUCUCUCAUGCCAAAGUGACAAUAGCGGGCUCAUCAGUAUAUCCUCCAUGGCAGAUGCAGAGCUGCUCCUUAACUUGCUUGAAAGUGAAAAUGUAACUGAAACAUGGAUUGGGUUAUACAGUAAUAACACCCCCCUUGUUUUUGAGUGGUCAGAUAGCACCCCAGUAAGAUUCUCUAACUGGCACAGCCAAGAACCUAACACCUUUCAAAGAACAGGACAACUCUAUGUUUCAGCACAAGGAUCUGAGGGCCAUUGGAAGGUUAAAAAAUGUGAAGACAGAUCUUUCUACAUUUGCAAAAAAGCAGGGGAGUUUAAUAAUGUUUCUCCUGAGCUGGAAUCAAGUUGUCCAGAGGGAUGGGAAAGACAUGGUGGAUAUUGUUACAAAAUCGACAGUACCCCUCGAAGUUUUGAACAUGCUUCCAGUGGUUAUUUCUGCCCAUCUGCACUUGUAUCAGUAACAAACAGGUAG